AUGAAUACGCAGCCGGUAAAAGAGGUGGGGAGUGUAGAGAGUAAGGAAACCAGCACAGAGAGGGAGACAAAAAGUGAUUCGGGUGAACCGCCAGAAUUAUUAUUAAUGGAGCUAGAAGGUGAAGGAUUUCAAACACAGGGAAGUGAGGGGGACAUCACAGUAGUGAAAAGUCGAGGAAGAGACCCGAAGGCGGCAUCCUGGAAGAAGUUAAGGGCGAGCAGUUUGGGAGAUUUAAAUGGAAAAGACAUUAGAGAUUGGGCACGCAAUGAGGGAGCUAAGCGCAAAGGGAAAGAAAAAAGUGACAGAGAGCAGAAAGUGAGAGUAGUUUCGCAAGGAAAGAAGGAGGAAUCGGUAGAAGAGAUGAUAAGUCAGGGUUUUAAAAAGGUGCUUGAUAAGCUGGACGAGGAGAAAAAAGAAAGAAAGAAUCAGUUUGAUGAGCUAAAGAGGGAGUUUGUAAAAAUGGAAAAGAAGAACCAAGAAUUGGAUAGACGGGAAGCAGAAGAAAAAUGGAUGGAAGAGGAAGAAAGGAAAAAAAGGAGUAAAAACCUGGUUAUCAUUGGAUGGGAUAAAGGAGAAAAUACGGGUAAGGAGGAGGUGGCAAAAUUCUUUAGGGAGGAGCUGGGGGUAGAAAGCGAGAUAGAAGAUAUAGAAGGGGUCAAAAAUAUCGGAAAGGAGGGGAAGAAAAUGACAUGGGUAAGAAUGAAGAUGGGAGCAGGGAAAAGAGAGAUUAUAGAGAAGAAGAGAAGGUUAAAAGGGAAAAAGAUCUUUAUAGAGAACGACAGAACGAGAAAGGAAAGAAAUGCCCAGAAAGAAUUGCAUAGAAGAGCAUGGAUUGCCAGAAAUAAGGAGGAAGUAAAGGAGGUAAAAGUGGGGUUUCGGAAGCUCUGGCUAGACGGCGUGCUAUGGUGUUCUAGGAUCUACGGACUAGGAGCUAUCUAA